CACAGCUUUUGCAUUAGAUCAUUCACCUUCCAAAUACGCGGUAAACCACUUCCAGCGAUGCUUAGCGAUCAGAUGUACAUGGGUGCAGCAUUAUGUAUCUAACAUCACCUGUUACCAAACCCUGAGCGUCCAUUCACUCGAGUCCAUACCACAUAAGGUCAUGAACUCCUCAGAGUGGCCCACACUUUCUCCAAACUCGUCUUUGAGUUACACAAACCACAGCGAUGAGUCGAGGAGGCCCAAGUCGAGUGCUUCAGCCGCCUGUGAGCAGGUGCACAUUGCCCCUGAGGUCUUCCUUACACUGGGCCUCAUCAGCCUGCUUGAAAACAUCCUGGUCAUCCUUGCCAUCGUGAAGAACAAGAACCUCCACUCGCCCAUGUACUUCUUCGUCUGCAGCCUAGCAGUGGCCGACAUGUUGGUGAGCGUGUCCAAUGCAUGGGAGACAAUAGUAAUCCACCUGCUGGCAAACAGAAGCUUGGUGAUUGAGGAUCACUUCAUUCGUCAGAUGGAUAACGUCUUCGAUUCGCUCAUCUGCAUUUCUGUGGUAGCAUCUAUGUGGAGCCUGUUAGCAAUUGCCGUGGAUCGCUACGUGACUAUCUUUUACGCUCUUCGCUACCAUAAUAUAAUGACCGUACGGCGAGCUGGGAUUCUCAUCAGCAGCAUCUGGACCUUCUCCACGGGUUGUGGGAUCAUCUUCAUCAUCUACUCUGACACUAAGCCUGUGGUGGUGUGCCUGGUGGCCAUGUUCUUUGCCAUGCUGCUGAUGAUGGCGUCGCUCUACAGCCACAUGUUCCUGCUGGCCCGUUCGCAUGUCAAACGCAUGGCGGCGUUGCCGGGCUAUAACGCUAACAUCAGGCAGAGAGCUAGCAUGAAAGGUGCCGUCACCCUUACUAUACUAUUGGGCAUCUUCAUUGUAUGCUGGGCGCCAUUUUUUCUCCAUCUCAUCCUCAUGAUCUCCUGCCCACGGAACAUUUACUGUAUCUGCUUUAUGUCACACUUUAACAUGUACCUGAUACUCAUCAUGUGUAACUCUGUGAUUGACCCACUGAUCUAUGCGCUCAGGAGCCAAGAGAUGAGAAAGACCUUUAAAGAGAUCUUCUGCUGUGACAGACUACGCAGUCUCUGGAACCUGGUCAGCAAAUAUUGAACAGCAUUCCUGGAAGAACCUGAAGGGACGAACUGAUGGAUGAAUGUGUGCAUAGAUAGAUGGAUUGGUGCAUAAUUGCAGUGGAGGAGGGUUGGAGGUAAAGUGAAGCCUGAACCUCUUAAUUAGGGAAGGUUUGUACAAGCUUUUCCAUGUACCUCAUCAUGUGAAAUGUUUUGAUGUAACAGUGGAUAUUUCAUGCUGUGUUAUUGUAAAAUACUGAGUUCAUAAUGUGGCAUUUUGUUAUAUGUACUGUAUUUUUAUUAUAGGAAUUCUUCCUUAGCAAGGGACAGUCAUCGGUAUGGAUGUGGCAAAAUAGUGAAUUUGUAUUUGUAAAGGCACGGAAAACAAAUAAUGUGUUCUAUGGAGCCACUAAAGGAACUUGGUUAGCUGCUUGCUAGCAGUAGCCUGUUACAUUACAAUACAUAAAAUUUCAUUUACCACAUAAACAGAGUAAGCAGAUAUGACUGAUAGGACGAAGGCAAAUGAUUUGCAGAUCCUGAGCACCAGUGAAAAACAUCUAACCUUGUAAAAUGUGUUUAAAAAUCUUUAAAGUAAAAGUAGGCUAAAAAGCGGCUCCCGAUGCCCGCAAUUUAUAUACAGUAUAUUUGCGGUAUAAUUGCGAGAGAAAGCACUGAACUAUAUUUUUUCCCGUCAGCCUUGUAUUUAUUCCCUUUAGGGGUUCCGUGGUACAGUUUCCUGUCCGAACACCGUAUUCAGAUUCGGGCCAGUGAUCCCAAGUCCGCAUUUUUCCAGCAGAAUUGGGCUACUUUAACACUAUUGCUGCCUGUUGUUUUUCAUGUCCGCGGGUUGAAGUGACCCCAAUAACGUGACAUUUAGCCCCUGGAAUGCAAAUUUUACCAGGAGAUCCCUGCCAAAAAAAAAAAAAAAACAGCAACGUGUAUUUUACCCUCGGAACGCGACUGAGCUAGUUUUGAGUAGCAAUUGAACAGGUUUUCUAUCCAAACCUGGCAACCCUUAUUCAGACACAUCCCUAGUCGUCAGGUCGAUGGAGUGAUAUUUUGUGCACAAAAUAGCUUUAAUAUUAAUAUGUGGAUUAGAAAUGUGUUUGUUUCUAGAUACUUUCUUUUUAAUGAAAAGAAAACAGAGGACAGAAACACAACCAUAAGCAGACAUAACAAACAAAAACAUAAUAAUGCAAAGUAGUAUAGAAACGGUAUAGAAUCAUACAGACUGUUGUGAAUAAUAUUGUAGUACAUUUGGGAAAGUUUUACAAUAUAUGUACCUCAAUACUGUCCGUAUGCAUGUACAAAAUAUUUGUGUAAAUUAACUAAUGAAAUGAUACAUUUCAUAGUCAUGUAAGCAGACAGUUAUUGUUUUGUGUCACUGUGAGUUAAAAGUCACGCACAAAAAUAGUAAAGACGUUUUAUUACUUUUGUAUUAUUUCAUAAUAAAAAAUACAUUUUCAUGAAUUUAGAAAAGCAUGUGCGGUGUAUGUAAUAUAUGCAAAUAUUAUGUAAAUGGUUUACAUAUUUUGUCUAGUCUUCUGAUUUUGUCUUUUUUUACUGCAAUUAAAUUGGUCGGUAAUUCUUUGAACUUGUAUAUUAUGAUUUCGUUCGAUUUCUUGUUUGUGGACAAAUAUAGAAUUUCCUGCAUUCA